AGCUAUAAAAAAUUACUGUGAGUGCAUUGGAACGUACAAACCUGACAUUGACAACUGACUGACGUCAGUCAGACGUCUGUCACGCGUAUGACGUUAGUUCGUGUGAUCACUGGACCAGACCAGUGUUAAUAACACGCAAAUUGUUGUGAUUGUAGGGUCUGUUCCUGCUCAAAUUACGUAAUUAAGGUGUUAGUGUAGUGCGGAAGUAAUGGGAAAUCACCACAGCCAUGAUACUAAGGGCGGGGGAGAUCAAUCGGGUAGUGGAACUAGCACGCCGCGAGGUUCCCAGCGAGGUGCUGGCUCUCGUUCCGGUUCUGGUGGUGACUUGCAAGGCCUAGCGGAGUCUAAGGAAAAGCCUCCGCCGUCUAUGGUGCCCAUCGAGAAGCUCGGCAAGUUACUAGCCCAGAGGUCACAAAAAGAAGAUGGAGUCAACGGAGUCACAGAGAAUUCUUUCACAAAAUACCUAUUCCCAAUGUAUCCGGAUCUGGCGCGGCAUUUCUUCAAGUACAUCCAUCGCGUGGGCAAAUGCAAGAACAAGCACAUCCCACUGUCCACGUUCCGGCAGCAGUGCGAAAAGAUACUUGCCAUGCUGGACGACGCCAUAAUUAUCGAGACAUACGUCAGGAUGUUCGCUGCAGAGACGGACGAGAACAUGGUGACCCCGGACGGGCUGCGCAGUCUGCUCUACACCAGCUACAAACUUUCCAUGGACCACUACCCUGAAGGGCCGCAGACUUGUCUCAUGAUCAACAAGACGUUGUCGGUGGUUGUGAACGGAUGCUUCAACAAAAAGGACAUGCACAGCGUCGGCUUCGUCGUGCGCUGGUUGGAGGAGCACUGCCACAGACUUAUAUUCCCGGUGCAUAGGUACUGCGUGCACAUGCUGGCGACGCGGCACCGCGACAUGGCGGCGUGCGUGGAGUCGAGCGGGUCGGGGUCGGGGCUGGAGCUGGCGACGCCGGUGCUGGAGCGCGGCGCGUGGCAGGCGGCCAGCGCGCUGCUGCCCGUGUCCGUGGCCUGGCUGCUGGCCGGCACCGCGCCGCCCCUCUACUCGCGCCCCACGCAGCCCCCGCCGCAACCCGCCGCAGGCGGGGGCCUGGCGUCGGCGGCGUGGCUGACGCGGCUGGUGUGUGCCGUGCCCUCCCACUGGGCGCAGCUGUACGCCUCGCGCGACCACGGGCUGGGCGCCAACCGGUUCCUGCAUCAUACGCUCGCCUACAGAGGUCCGACGAUAGUGCUAAUAUCUGGCGGGGAGCUGGUGGUGGCGCUCUGCGCGCCGCAGGAGUGGCGGGAGACGCACCAGUACUGGGGGGGCGCUGAUACCGCGCUACUGCAGAUACAGCCUACGUUUUCAGUAGUAGAGAAGGGUCCGAAGAUGUUGUACCUGAACACCACUAUCCGCGGCUACCCGAAGGGGCUCCGCGCUGGGUCGGACCCUCGGAAACCCCUGCUCAUUAUACCCGAGGACUUCGACUCCAUCACCUUUAAGGGAGUGCCUUACCCUCUGGAAACUAUUGAGGUGUGGGGUUGCGGCGACCAGUCGUCCCGCGAGGUACAGCUGGAGAUCAAGAAGUGGCAGGUCAAGGAGGCUGAGAGGCAGCGCUGUGUGAAGCUGUCGGCGGCGGACUGGAUCGAGCACCCCGACCGCUACCUGCUGGAGCUGGCCGGCCGGCCGCAGUACAACAACUCCGCCACAUAGGACGCGGGGCAGCCCCCGUCUGACAGGUCUUGGCGCAGCACUUAUACAUCAACUAUUUUGUAUAAUUGCAACAAAAAGAUUAAUUAAAAUAUGUAACUUAUUUAUUCUCUUCAAGUAGUACAUUCGGAGAUUCAAAUCAGCGUAUAAAUCUUUUGUUGAUAUGUAUUUCUAUUACAAAUGCAAUUAUUUUCCAUUCGAAUUUUCCAAGCGCUAAACAUUCGAUCCUUAACAGUUAAACAGCUUGAAGUAACACCUGAAAAGCCUUGUGUGUACCACAAACCGAAUGAAUACAACUCAAUGUUUUACUCAUGCUGUUUGUGCUCGUAUAUCGCUUCUUCUCUUAUUGUUAAGAAAAUGAGUGUAUGUAUGUACCUACAUAUAUACUUUUAUGACUGGUUAACACCAAGUCGGACUAAUUAUCCUACAUAUG